CAUCAGAAUAUUGCUGACUUUAGCAUGGUACCGUGAAAUCAUUAGUUCAUUGCGUUCCGUGGACGGUUCAUCAUGUUCGUGUCUUCAUUGAUUCUUGUUAUAUUAUAUUGAAUAAAUUCAAAAUAAAAAAGCUAAAGCAAUUAGAGUAUUUACUAACAAUUGGUUGAUGGGGGUCGAUAGAAGUAUGUUUUCUAAGAAAAUCUCAUUUCAAAUGUUUAAUGAUAACUAAAAUAUAUAAAUUUUAUUUAUAAUUAUUGGUACAAAAAAUACCAUAGUUUUUCGAAAUGGAAGACGAAACUGUUGCGAUGGAUCUUAGUGGAGCGGCGAACGUCAAACGAAAGGAAGUUGAUGUCAAAAACAGCUUUAAUGUCACAAAAGUGUCUCCAAAAGGCUGCAAUAAAUAUUCAAUAGACAUGAUUCUUGGUCGCAUCAUGAACGAGACAAACAAGAAGUGUACGGCUUCCACAACAAGCCUGUCGGAGGAACGCUUAGGAACCACUUCCGUUCGCGCUAUUGCGGAUACUCAAGUCGGCAAUAAGACGGGAUUCGUCGAGGAAAACAAUAAUUUUCGACGAGAAAUAGAACUAGACGAAGAAAUCAGCCGUUCUCCGGUUUCCAGUCACGGAGAUUUACUACUUAGCCCUGUGAUUGAACGUCUACCAACUGAGGUUGGUCUCGUUUCGUCUUCAAGUGAAACGCCUAUUAGUGAUGACGUCGACACUGUCGUAACGCCCGAGAGUCCGUCCGCUGGAUCCACGUUUUCUGCAAACUCAGACGACAGCUACCUGAAAAAGAGGCGGUUCCGGACAACUUUCACCGCGGAGCAACUGAAGUGUCUGGAAGAAGUCUUCCGAGUAACGCAUUACCCGGAUGUAAAUGCACGGGAGGAAUUGUCCCGGAAAACUAAUCUCCCUGAAGCCAGAGUUCAGAUAUGGUUCCAAAACCGGAGGGCGAAGUGGCGGAAAUACGAAAAGCUGGGAAACUUUGGUGGUCUGCAAGAUCUGAAGGACGUGACGUUCGUUCCGGCGCCUAAAUCUGUAAUGAGACCCGAUAUUUUUACAUGUACACGUAGAAUAGACGCAGACGACUCACCAGACAGAGACUUGACAUCUGCUGCGCUAAAAAUAGGUAUCCCAUCAUACCCUCAACUUCUUCCACUUCCUUUCUUCGGAAUUCCGAGUUUACCAAUGGGUUACUAUGGUUACCAUCCACCGGAAGCACAUCGAAACGGAAGUAUCGCCGCACUUCGACUGAAAGCGCGGGAAUACGAGAAAGCAGCUAUCGAUAUGCAGAAAAUAUUUAAAACAUAAUACUCCUUUUAAAUGAUAAACGUUUUUGCUGUUGAGAGUAAUUUGAUGUAAGCAUGUGCUCAUAAAUGUUGUAGACUUUUGAUUUUGAUUUAAGUGUUUUUGCUUUACUACGUUUAUUAAUUGCCCAUCUACGUACCUUGGUAAUAUUUGUUUAUUCUUUAUAACCGUAUAAUCUAUUUUGGUCUCGAUACAGUGAUACGUUUUGAUUUCUUAAUCAUUCACCAAUCUCCACAAAUGCCAACAUAUGUAUUGAUGUAUAUAAUUUGUAAAUAUUAUGCAUGGGAUUCGACAGUUAUCUUAUAACUGUGUUUGCACAUGAUUGUAUUAAGUGUGUGAUCAAUUUUGAUUGUAAAUACGUCUUUUGAAAAAAAAUGUUUUUAUGCCGUAAACAUAAAUUUGUGAUCGAAA